UCGCUCACAGCAGUUGGACUCUAAGAAAGCAGCUUCUCAUUGUUCAGACUUUUAAGACGUGUGUGUGUGUGUGUGUGUGUGUGUGUUAGAUCAGCGUUGAAUCUACUCUUGACCCUCAGUGAGAAGAAGCAGAGUUUCCAUCUCGGACUGUUCAGAAUCAGGUUGGCCCAACUCAACAAGAUGCAGUCCAAGAUUAAUUUGGCCGAGCAGGUCAGUGACGAGGAGAAGCUCUACAGAUACAAAGGCAUCCUGUACCCGACCAUCAUGUGCCCCGAGGACCACCUGAAGGCUCUGGACAACCUCGAGGCCCGAGAGGACGACCUCAUGCUGGUGGCCUAUCCCAAAUGUGGGUUCAACUGGAUGGUGGGGGUGUUGAGAAAGAUCAUCGCACAGUCCACAGGGAUAAAAACUGAAUCCAAGGCGCCGCCGCUGAUCGAGUUUCUUGGAGCGGACGUCAUAAAGCUCAUGGAGCAGUCUCCUUCUCCAAGGUUGUUGGGAACUCAUAUGCACCCCGACAACAUCCCCACCACCUUCAACACCAAGAAAACAAAGAUGCUGGUGGUCUUCAGGAAUCCUAAAGACACUCUGGUUUCUUUCUAUCACUUCUCCAACAACAACCCGGUCCUCCCGUCCGUAAAGUCCUGGGAAUCGUUCUUCUCCCAAUUCAUGAGCGGAGAAGUGCCUUGGGGAUCGUACUUUGAUCACGCUUUAGCCUGGGAGAAGAGAAUGAAUGACCCCAAUGUCAUGAUUGUCACCUACGAGGGAUUAAAGCAGGACCUGAGUGAGGGCAUCCGUCAGAUCUCCGGCUUCUACGGUUUCCCCCUGACGGAGGCUCAGGUCCAGCAGGUCACAGAGGACAGCUCCUUCAAAGCCAUGAAGGAGAGCGCGGCCAGCUCCCACGGCACCAUGGGAAGCGUCAUCUUCAGAAAAGGUGAAGUUGGGGACUGGAAGAACCAUUUUACACCUGAUCAGAGCCGAGAGAUGGACGAGGCCUUCAACAAACACCUGGCAGGAACCAGGAUGGGAGAGAAACUUGACUACCAACGAUACUGUCAGUAGGAAGCAAGGAAGCGGGAGAGGAAGGAGGGAGGGUUUGACAGUCCUCCCCUCGAAACCUUUUUGGACUGAAACACCAACCACCACAUCUACAUAGAACAGCUCUCACCUCAGUCAGUAGCGGACGUUAUCACUGCCACAGUCUCAGUUCAGGGCCAAAUUGAAGAAAGAGCGUCUCAAGUUAAACACGGUCGAGCGCAGGAAGACAGAAAGUUAUUGUUUUGUCUCUGUGCAGAUGAAACCACACAGGAUAAAACAUGUUGAUGAAUGAGCGUUGAAGUUGAUCUCAGAUGGAUUUUUUCUUCUCAUCAAACAGAAGAUUUCAUAUUUCUUCAAACUGUUUCUUCUCUUGUCCAGCUGCACUUCACCUGACGUCCCAGUGUGACACUCCAGGCAGCUACUUUAACAUUAAACUGGGUUGGAUGGUGUUUCGUUGAUAAGGUUCAUUGAUGAGCAGCAUCAGUCUCAGACGUGGGGUUUUAACACCUGCAGAUGAAUGUUUACAUCCUGGUUCUUCUUAUUCACUGAUGUUUGACACCUGAUUAAAAACUUGAGUAGCAUUUCUUCAGGCAGCUUUAUGAACUCAUGAUUGAAGCAUGGUAAUGACUUUAAACUGUGGCCUUGUGAGAUGGUGAUGGUGAGAAAUUAAAGUCUUUUUCCAGA